GAAACAACCGCGUCGAAAGUCGUUUCCCAACCAACUGUCUGUCCACAGCACACGCAAGUAUAGUAGGCGAACAACUCGUUUGCCAUUGCCAGUCAAGCUGGGAUCGGCACUUGCGGUUAACCCCUUCCGGAAACCCAGCAAAGGCAAAAGCACCGGCACUCCUCGAUCCUCCACUGGACAGACAGACAAACACGGACACAACACAAGCCGAGCGAGAGAAAGAGAAGGCAAAACAAUGGCUGAGCCCAACCUCAUCAUCGCCCUUCUCCCCUUCCUGUAGACACCCAUCAUUGCGCUCCACGCCGAUCCUGUCCUCGUGUCGCCCCCUCCCCUGAAAACUUCUCUUCUUCUUCUACCUCGCUCCUCGCUACACAUAGAGGAGUAGAGUAGUAUAUAUAGCCAGCCGCCAUCGGCGUCCGGCUCCUCCAACCAACCCAGAGUAGAGCACUCCAUUAUAGCUAGUGCAGCUAGCGCCGGUGCAACUAGAUCGAGCGGCGCCAUGAACGGCUUCUUCACGACGCUGGCGCGGGGGCUGGACGAGCUGAGCGGCGGCGGGAGCGGCGGGCUGACGUCGCUGGCGGCGUUGGUCCGGGCGGCGGCGCUGCUGAGGGGAUUGCACUCGCAGCUGACGAUGCUGGUGGGGCAGCUGCACCUGCCGCCCGGCGGGCGGUGGCUGGACGAGUACAUGGACGAGACGGCGCGCCUCUGGGACGCCUGCCUCGCCCUCAAGCUCGGCCUCGCCGCCGUCGAGCGCUACUGCUCCGCCGCGUCCUGCGCCGCCGCCGCCUUGGAUGACUGGCUCCAGGACCCGUCCCCUCUCUCCACUCGCCAGGUGAUGAGGGCGAUCUCCGCGUCGAGGAGGGAAGCCAUGGCGGCGGAGGAGGAGAACCGGGCGCUGUCCGAGUCGCGGAUCGCGCCGCUCUCGCUGCGGCUGGACGAGCUCCGCGCCGCCGACGCCUGCAGGCUCAGCGGCGGCUUCAAUGGCUUCCGCGGCCUCCUCUACGCGCUCCACAACGCCAGCUCCCUGCUCCUCCUCAUCCUCGCCGGCGCCGCCGUCUCCUCCUCACCACCCGACGGCGCCUUUCCCAGCGCAGACUCCGCCGCCGGCGGCGGGUUCAUGGCGUCCAUCGCGGCGCUGCAGAAGAGAAUGGCGGAGGAGGUAUCGGCCGGCGCCGGGGAAGAAGGAGGGAUCCGGAUGCACGAGUUCCGGCGCGUGCGGGCCGCGGCGGAGGCGGCGCGGGAGGAGGUGGAGCGGGCCGUGGCGGCGGCCGGCGCCGGGCGCAAGUGCUGCGGCGAGCAGCUGAGCGGCGCCGUGAAGUGCAAGGCGGAGGAGCUCAAGGCGUGGCUCGACGUGCUCCGGACGGGCACCGACGGGCUCGUGUGCCAGCUCGACGACUUCCUCGACGACAUUGUCGAGGGCAGGAAGGAGCUCUCCGACCUCUGCAGCCACUGAACCGAACUCAUCUCUUCCGCGAUCCCCAUGGAUCGAUGCUGCUGCUGCUGCUGAUGAUGCCUGUCGCUUGCUUGCUUGCGUGGUGUUGGUAGUGUACAAGUAAAGCAAUACGAAUCGAUCCAUAAUUAGGAUGCAGUCGCUCUCUAGCAUCUUUAGCAGCAGCAGCAAGAGCUGUAGUAGUCGUAGUACUGGUCUGGUCUGGUCUGGGGAUGGAGCCAAGGAGGAGAGUGUGUCACAGCAUUUUGGUCAGGUCAUCAUGUUGUUGUUCCUUUCUUGCUGCUACUGUUGCUGUUGUGCUGUGUCUCUCUGCCAUGAAAGGAGAGACAUGAUGAGAAAGAGGGAGGGGUAGCAAGGAAAGGCAAGUUUGUUUGCAGGGGAAGAAGCAGCUCAGCUUGAGAGAGAAAGAGAUCUUGUUGUUGCAGGAGCAGCACAAGCAGUUGCACAACGAAAGGCUGCUUUUUGUUUGCUUUGCUCGCCUGGAGUGAACAGACAGAGAGGUGGCGUGUGUUGGACAGUUGCUAGGCUGGAGCAGGAGUAUCACAGGAUGAGAAAGAACUCAAAAAAAAAAAAACAAGAUGAAAAGGAAUAGGUGGAAUUUUUGUUCUCCUAAUUUUAUUUUAUUUACGCUUUUCUUCCA